AUAGUCGAUGCUGGAGCCUCGAGGGUGGCGAGUGUGUUCGGAACGUACUCUUCGUCUUUACGCGCGGAACAUCACACUAGCUUUUUUUUUGUUUCUUUUUCCGUCUAACUUAUAUCAUAUUAUCCUUUCUCUUUCUAUAUCGAAUAUCAUACACACGCAUACAUACGUAUUUAUGUAUGUAUGUACGUAUAUAAGUAUUUAGAUAUAUAUAUAUAUUUCGUCGUCGUGGUCGUGGUCGUGUCUUAUCUUUUAAGAAGAGUAUACGAAAUAUAAUAGAAACUUUUCUAAAUCGUUAGAGUGCUCGGUGCGUCUCUUUACAAUAAACGUCGAAAAACAGGUGGACACGUCGAUCUGGUGUAUACGUACGUACGUGCGUGCGUGCGUGCAUGCAUGCGUCGUGCAUGUAUAUAUAUGUGCCGUGCGUCGUCCGGUCGGUCUUCUUCUAUUAAGAAGAACGAGCAUCGACCAGUUUGAUAUAAUCGAGAGAAGAAGUAUCGACGAGCUUCACCAUCGCCUGACGAAAGUCGGAGGACGUUUUCUGUAAGGGAAAAAUCGUCAGAAAGAAGAAAAAAAGGAAGAUAGAAAAAAGAAGAAGAAGGAGAAGAAAAGAGAACACCAGAAAAGGGAAAAUAGAAAAGAAAGAGAAAGAGAGAGAGAGAGAGUUUUCUCAGCUCGACAUCGAAACUGCCAAUCGUAAAAAAAAAAAAACUCUGAUCGCUAGUUUCUUUCGCUUCUCUCUUUUCUUUUUAUUUUUAUUUUCAUUUUAUUAUUAUUUCUUUUUUUUUUUAUUUACUUUUUCUUUUUUGAUCGUCCUUCGACCGAUCGAGAGAAAUUGAAGAGAGAAGAAAAAAAAAAGAAGAAAAAAAGAAGAAGAAGAAGAAUACGAAGAAAAAGGAUUUUCUUCUCUACCUCGUCGUAGAUCCUCCUUGAAAACAUGAAAUGUUCAUUCGCUAAGAGAAACUCGGAAAAAAGUCGUGUUGGCGAGUGUUUAAGUUGCGUUAUUUUCUUUUGUUGAUUCUAUCUUCUUCGCUCCUUAUCUAUAUACUCCCCAACCUCUUUAUUUCUCUCUUUCUGUGGUGAAAAUUUUUCUUUUUUUUUUUUCUUUCUCCGUUCUUUCUACUUUUCUCUAUCCAUAUCGAAACUGAUAAUAAUACAUAUUGGGAGGACUUAGAAGAAGAACACGUAUAUACGUGUAUACGUUCAUACAUAUAUACAUAUAUAUACACACACGUAAAAAGAAGAAGAGAGAGAGAGAGAAAGAGAGAAAGAGAGAGAGAGGGGGCAUCGUGAUCGCACGAAUGUGCAAAACAACGAGACGAAAGGAUGCUCAACACGUCGCUCUGGACAUGGGAUAGAUGAUACCACUGAUGUUUAUACGAUGCCGUAGAUCAGACGAACUAGACAGAAUGGAUUGGACGUACGGACUCAGGAGGAGCCUCCUGAGGACUUUAUCACGGUGAACAAAAAUUCCUAAAACGCAAGACUGCAAAUCCGUCGUCGUACAAUCUUUUUUUUCGACGCGUACGAAAAAGACUGAAAUAUCUUUAAAAAAAAGAACAACAUUAAAAGUAUAUACGCGUGCAAUAGUUGGUCCAUCCAGUUAAUUAAAAAAAAAAAAAAAAACCGAACAAACAAACAAAUAAGUAAAAAAGAACGAGACAAGAUACAAGAGACAAAUAACAAAAAGAAAUCAUGUAAAAGAUGUUCUGUCGACUAGUGGAGAGACUGAUACGAUAAAAAUCGCGUCCCGAUCUUUAUUUUGUAUUAUAUUUUAUUUUAUUUUUUUUUUUCAAGUUAUUAUCAACGAGUUACAUAUCUUGAGAGCUCCUCCAAGGUUUUUCAUUUUUCUUUUUUCUUCUCUUUUUUUUUCUUUUUUUUUCUUAUAUACAGAUACCUAUUACACAGCAUACACACACAAAUACACACACACAGAUGCAUGUGUGAAUAUAUAUAUAUAUAAACACAUAGACAAAAACAUAUACAUAUCUCUCCUUGGAUCUCCCGUCCAAUCGUUGUCCUUUGGUUGAGUCAUUGAUAUUUUGCAAUGUGAAAAAAUUUCUACAAAUAUCUUAUUCUACGAAUAAGAUAUGUGAGUGAGAUAGAUAGAUAGAUAGUUAGAUAGAUAGAUAGAUAGAUAAAUAGACAAAUAAAUAAAAAGAAAAAAGAAACAGAAGAAUACGAUUCGAUCUUGUCACACAUAAACACUGUAUAUCCCCCCUUUGUAAUAUAUAAAUAUAUAUUAUAUACAUAUACAUACACACAACACAUAUAUGUACAUUGAGUGUCUAUACAACAAAGAAGAAGAAGUGGAAGACUAUUUAUAUGUGUAUAUAUUAUUUGCGUUCGGAAAGACUGAUAUAUAUAUAUAUACACACACACACACACACACACAACAUAUAUAGAUCGUUCGUUAUCGGAAAGAAAGACUGUAUAGAAGAAAACGAAGAAAAAAGAGAACAUAAUAUUCAGGUCCAUCGCUAUUCGUUGUGUAUGAGUUCAAGAAAGUUGAUCGCCCUCGUGUAAGAUUCAUUGAUCUUUUUCGAUAGAGGAAGUGAAAGGAAUGUGAAAGAAAAGAAUACUGUUUGGUUGAAUAAGAAAGAAGAAGAAGAAGAAGAAGAAGAAGACGUGGACGAAGAGGAGAAGGGGAGGAGUAGAAGGAGGGAGAAGAAAAAACACGAGAGUAUUGUUGUUUCGUGUGCCAGUGAAUUCGGUGGUCUCGCUGUCGCAUGAGGUAAACGUGUGAACAACAGGAUGGGUUGUGGCCAGAGUAAAAUCGGUAACAUCUAUCCGAAGAACAAGAAGAACAAGAACAACAGUAACAAGAAAAAUGGAGACUCAAUACGCAGUACGUCUGUCGAACAAAAGAACGGUAAUGGCAAUGCCAAAGGAAACAAAACGAAUAACAACGGCGUGGAGGUGAAUAGAAAUGAGGAGCAGAAUGGUUCGGGCGAUGUCAAAGGUCAAGCGAAGAAGAAACCGAACGGUGCUGGAAGUGGACCGCUGUUGCAACAAGCAGAGAUAUCCACCAGUCAGUUGGAUUUCUUUAAAAUGCUUGAUGAAAAGAUUGAAAAUGGUCCUGACUACGACGAAAGUCUCGACUCAGCGAACAGAGCUGAACAUGUGUCGAAUCUUUUACGGCGCUGGGAGUUAGCAAGCGUAACGUGGUCGAGCGUGUCCGAUCUGAAUAACGCUACAUUGUCCAAUCAAAAGAAUCGUAAUUCUGGUUUGAGUACGUCCAGACAAAGUCUUACUGCUAAGGAUCGCGAGGGCAUGAGAAAUAUAGUUGGUGGUAGGCCAGAGAGUGCGCCGAUAUUUGUGAGAAACGCAAAUCGUGUCGAUGGCCUUCAGGAGAGUCACUGUCAUUCUCCUAGCAUGCCAAGGCACGUUCUAGAAUCGAUUACUCAAAGUCCGACUCAGAGUUUGAAAAAUGUUACGCCACCGGGAAGUUCGCCAACUGGUUUGCGUUAUCAGGACAGUUUUAAAGAAUGUAACGCUAAUCAAUUACCAACGAAGGCUACAACAAAAAUACAUUACGGAUCGCAGAAUCCUGUAAACGGGGAGUAUGUUACUCAGCAGGCUCUCUAUCGAGAACAAUAUCUUCAACAAACUGGGAUCAUCGUACCACCAUCGCAAUACUCUGCUGGAUCACCAGGUGGCAACGUACUCAGGAAUAAUCCAUACGUUCAACAAUAUCAGAUCGGGAAUAGCCCUCAACAUUUCUCAGUACCGAGAAAACGAGGCUUUAACGCCGCCCAAAUGACGUGACCAGGAUUGGCACGAACGACGAGAUAAGACUGAAUAUGAUUCGCAAGAAACGCUUCUUGUGAAAAGCUGAGAGCUAAGGGAGGAGAGAGAAAGAAAGAGAGAAUAGAGAGAGACUAGGCAUGGAAAGAAAGAAGAAAAAAAAACAGGAGAGAGAGAGAGAGAGAGGAGAUAGUCAAGGAAAAGAUUGUAAGAAAGAUCCGUAAAAAUAGGUUGCGUCUGAAAAACUCGUAAUUCUCAGCUCGCGUUCUUCAACUUCUUAUACUUUAGAUUCCUCCGUCGAUAAGAACUUUCCCAUGAUGUUAAGAAGAAAAAUGGUGGAAGAGGAAGUGGGGGUGAAGGGGGAGGAGGAAGUGGAAUGGGGAGGUGGAAGGGGAGAAAGAAGAAGGUAGUGGCCUAAGGAUUCUAAACUUGAUCCGAUUGACGAUUGAAAAAAGAAAAGAAAAAUACGAGAAAAUAAUCAGCGGAAUAAGAAAAAGACCAUACACACAUCCUGUUACAUUAAAAAAAAAAAAGAAAAGAAAA